AUGACAUCAAGUGGUUCAGAAAUUCCUGUAUCGAAACUGCUCCGGCAAGAAAUUGGGAUAGGCGAUGUGCAGGAAGGACGGAAAAGUAAGGAUGAAUACAGGAAGCAGAAGGAUUUGGAAGAGGAGCAAAAGUUGGGUAUAGCUCCAGCAACAGUGGAUGUUGUAACAGGGCGUGAUAUCAACCCGCAUAUUCCAGAAUUCAUUGCAAAGCAUCCAUGGUAUGUGCCUGCUGAUGGACCUACUCUACAGCAUCAAAGACCGCAUGAAGAAAGACAGAUUAAGUGGUCAUCGAUCGAUGAUUGGUAUAAAAGAGGUACAACAAAUGAAAGAGCUACGAAAUUCCGAAAGGGUGCCUGUGAAAACUGCGGUGCUAUGACGCAUCGAAAGAAAGACUGUUUAGAGAGACCUCGUAAAAUAGGUGCCAUAUGGACAAAUCAGGAUAUUGCUCCAGACGAAUACGUCCAGCCGAAAUUAACACUUGGCUGGGAUGCGAAACGAGAUCGAUGGAAUGGAUAUGACCCGCAGACAUACAAGCAAGUUGUUGAAGAACAUGAGAAACUGGAGCAAACAAGGAAGCUUCUGAGGGAGGAGAAGAUGAAAGGAGAACUUUUGAAAGAAGAAUUGGAAACUGGAGAAGGCAACCAUCAUAUAGCAGAAGAGCCUGCAGAUGAAGAUAUGUAUGCCGAUGAUGCUGAUAUGGCAGGUGUAACAGUGGAUAUGGAUUCGCGUACGCGAAUUACUGUGAGGAAUCUUCGUAUCAGAGAAGAUACUGCAAAAUACCUCUAUAAUUUGGAUCCAAAUGGGCCUUAUUAUGAUCCGAAGUCGCGUUCGAUGAGAGAGAACCCAUUUGCAAAUGUACCUGGAAAAGAGAAAGAAGCAGCUAAAUUUGCUGGUGAGAAUUUCAUACGUUAUACAGGAGAAGUAGUACAGGCUAAUGAAGCACAGGUGUUCGCAUGGCAGGCUCGUUGUAAAGGAAUUGAUGUUCAUGCAUUAGCUGAGCCUACAAAGCUGGAAGCAAUGAAAAAAGAGUUUGAACAACAAAAAUUAAGUGCGAAAGAGGAGCACAAAAGCAAAUUAUUGGAAAAGUAUGGUGGAGAAGAGUAUUUACAUGCACCACCGAAGGAAUUGUUGUUAGCGCAAACGGAGAAUUAUGUGGAGUAUAACAGAAAAGGAAAAUUAGUAAAAGGUGAGGAACGACGAGGGAUAUUAAGCCGUUAUGAGGAGGAUAGAUACUUGAAUAACCACAAAUCUGUUUGGGGAUCUUACUGGAAAUCUGGACAGUGGGGUUUUGCUUGCUGUCAUUCUUUCAUAAAAAAUUCAUACUGCCUUGGCGAAGUUGGUAAAGAUAGAAAUGCAGCAACUCUGGAAGGAGUCAUUUUGCCGCAAAACGUGCUCCCAAAUACCGAUCCAAGUGUCAAACAAGAAACUACCAGUGUAACAUCGGGAAAGGAGCUAGAAGAGGAAGGAAAUUCCUCUGCUGAUGGCGAAUCAUCGUCGGAUACAUUUGACUCCAAGAAGAAUGCUGAAGACGAAAAAAAAUGGGAAGAAGAACGGCAAUAUGAACUUGAGAAAGUUAAGCGUGACGACAGAAGACGUGAAAAAAAGAGGGAAAAGAGAAGGCGACAAAAAGAGCGGAGGGAGAAGAAUAAAAAAGCUUCGAAAAUAAAGAAAAGUUUGGAUGAAUUUCCAUCAGAUGAUGAGAAGAAAAGGAAGAAAGAACUUGAACAUGCAAUUAAAAAGAUCAAUAAGGAAUGGGAAGAUGCCGAAGAAAGUUUACAGCUGGGUGAUCGAAAACGGCGCUAUCAUUCCAUUUAUGACAUAAGUACUCCAACACCUGUUGAAAUGGAAGCUUAUAAAUUAACGAAAAUUCACGCUGAUGAUCCAAUGGCUGCAUUUAUAAAAGAAAAACAUCUGAAGAAGCAUUCUAAAAAAGACUGA